AUGAACUUAUCUGAUCGGGAUGACAUGGAAUUGGGGAAAAGGCGUAGGAUUUUAAGAAAACUAUUGUUUGUUACGGUCAAAAUACUUUGGCAAUGAGUAGACAUAAUGACUGGGAGUUUCCAAGUAUCAAUAAUCGAAUAUGUCCAAAAUUGCAGAUACCCAUUGUGCUUAGCACGGCGGAUAUUUAUAGGAACUAUGAACAUGUUAAUAUUAGAUAUUACGGCUAAGCUAAAAAUUAGCAUUUUCCUAGAAUAAUGUUGGAUUUUGCCUUUGUUUCUUGUAGAACAGAUUAAGACCGUCACAUGAAACCAAGAACAAUGCGUAAUGCUAAUGCCCGAGGCAAGCACGUACGCCCGACUGGUUCUUAUCAUCGACAUACCGAAGGUACACCACCUAUCACG